GGAAGAGAGCGCGGUCCGGCGGAGGAGGAAGAGAGAGCGUGGGCCGGCGGAGGAGAGAGCGCGGCCGACGGCAUCUGAAGGGCGGUCGCCAUGUUUGACGUCAGCGACUGGAAUGACGGUUCGGAGGCUCAGUCUUUGCCGGAUUCUCUCGGAGAUCAGACAAAACAAACCGCGGCGGCAAAACAUACGACAGUGACGAGUAGGAAGAAACGUCUAAAGAGAACUCAGCAGCUUCUGGAGAUCCUGCGCACGUUGGAGACGCCCAGUAACCGAGAAACCAUCCAUCUGCUGAAACCGCCAACCCCCCCUGGGGCAGAAAUCAAGGGCACAAAGAAAGAGCCAGACCCCGUCGUCUCGCACGGCACCGAAAGCGAGGACUCGGGAGUCCCUGCAUCAGACGCGGCGUCGCGGCUCAGCCGCAAGCAGUGGAGGAACAAGAGAAAAAACAAGAGAAGAAGUAAAAACAAGUUCAAGGCCUCACCAGGAGCUGGGCCGGCAGGAGAGCAACAUGGCGCAGAUCAGGAGUCAGGGGCCCCUGCUGGAGCUGGCAGGCAGGGAGGAGCUCGGGAGCCGAGGGCCCCUGCUGGAGCUGGCGGGCAGGGAGGGACUCAGGAGCCGAGGGCCCCUGCUGGAGCUGGCAGGCAGGGAGGGACUCAGGAGCCGAGGGCCGGUAAGACGAGUGACGGUCUGGAUGCAGGGACUCCAAACCAAACUGGAAAAAAGAGGAAGCGUUUGGUGCAGAAGGAACCCGUUACCGCGGAAACCGACGAGGAGUCUGAGAAACAGAGAGAAGGCAGGAAUCGCGUUACAGGGGAUGAUGGAGCCUAUAAAGGCCAUGCGAAAAUCCCUGCUGCACCGCACAGAGCUCCAGCGGUCACCGCCCUGGAGAAGCAGAGGAUGCAGAAGCUGAGGAAGAUCAUGCAGGAAUGUAAGAGAAGCAAAGCGGAGAGCGGCGCUCCCUCCGUCACAGCCGGGGAGGAAAAAGAGGAAGCCGAGGCUAGUCCCAGCAAGGAAGAGCUUCCCGCGGAUCGCUCGGCCGCUCUGCGCGCUCGCAUGGAGCAGCGUCUCUCCUCGGCUCGCUUCCGCUACAUCAACCAGCAGCUGUACACGUCCGACAGCCAGGAAGCGCGCCGGCUGUUCCGGGGAGACGCCGAGGCCUUCUCCGUCUAUCACAGCGGCUUCUCGCAGCAGGUGCAGCGCUGGCCGGUGAACCCCGUCACCGAGAUCAUCAAGUACAUCAAGAACAGGCCCCCCUCACUCGUGGUGGCAGACUUUGGAUGCGGCGACGCUCUGCUGGCUCGCAGCGUGCGGAAUGAAGUUCAUUCCUUCGAUCUGGUGGCCAUGAAUGAACGCGUCACCGUGUGCGACAUCUCCAAGGUCCCUCUUGCGGAUGAGACUGUUGAUGUUGCUGUGUUCUGUUUGUCUCUCAUGGGAACCAAUUUUGUUGAAUUUUUACAAGAAGCAAAUCGAGUCUUGAAAAUGGGGGGAGUGCUGCUGGUGGCUGAAGUGAGCAGUCGCUUUGAUGAUGUCAGACACUUUCUCAGCGGGAUGUCUCAGCUGGGGUUCAAGAACGUGGCAAAGAGCACGGAGAGCAGUCACUUCUUCAUGUUUGAGUUUGUUAAGAAUGGUUCCCCGCGGGGCGGCGCCGGACAUCCAGGAUUCUCGUUAAAACCUUGUCUGUACAAAAAGCGAUGAGCAGCACUCGGCAAAUCUACGAGCCUGCGCAGAACCCCAAGAGACAAUCCGGGUUAUUGUGCUGUCCUGGGCACUGAGACCCCCGGAGCCCAAUGCCAUAGCGUGGACAAUGACCUUGGUCUGGACUCUCAAAUAAAUGUUUUAACGAUCCGCCACC